CCAGCUGUCUGCUCGGCGGCUCCUGCGGGCUGAAGAUGGCGGACGACGAGAGCAGCCACCGAGCGGCCUUCUCUGGAGCCUGCGUUGCGGACGAACCCGCCGCUAAGAGAUCGAAAAUCACUCCACCGGACGACCGCGUCUUCAGAUCCAUCGAGGCGGAGCCGUUUUCCUACGUCUCCCCGGCCACGGAGAGCCGGGAGGCGGCGGUGAAUUGCGAGCAGCGGGCCGAGAGGGAGGCGAAGCCGGCGAUGGCGGGGGAGCAGGCCGCAGCGGGCGGAGACAACAAUGGGCUGGGACUGCUGGGAUGCGAGCCGCCGAACCCAGCCGAGAGGCUGAGCUUCGGCUUUGGUUCUGCUGAGGGGAGAACGGGCUUCCUCGGGGCUGACGAUCUUCCCUCCAACGGUCUCGCCGUCACACCAGAACACCUUAACGACGACGAUGACGGAUCCUCUCAUGCUAGUUCCAGCGACUGGACUCCGCAGCCCCAGAUCGGUUCCUACAGUCUGAUCCAUCAGCACAUCAGAGAGACGGACCCCAGGGCCAUUCUGCGGGACCUGCUGCCCGAGACCAUACUCCCACCCGAUCUGGACGACAUGACCCUGUGGCAGAUCAUCAUCAACAUCUCAGAACCUCCCAAAAGGAAGAAGAGAAAAGACGUGAACACUGUGGAGGACGUGGUCAGACUGCUUCAUGAGAGCAAGAGGAUCAUGGUUCUGACCGGUGCAGGUGUUUCAGUUUCCUGUGGAAUUCCCGACUUUCGCUCCAGAGAUGGGAUUUACGCUCGGCUUGCUGUCGACUUUCCCGACCUUCCCGAUCCGCAGUCGAUGUUCGACAUCGAAUACUUCCGACGAGACCCCAGACCGUUUUUCAAGUUUGCUAAGGAGAUCUUCCCCGGGCAGUUCCAGCCGUCUCCCUGCCACAGAUUUAUCGCUAUGCUGGACAAGCAGGAGAAGCUGCUGCGCAAUUACACACAAAACAUCGACACGCUGGAACAAGUGGCUGGAGUGCAGAAAAUCAUCCAGUGUCACGGAUCGUUUGCGACGGCUUCCUGUCUCGUUUGUAAACACAAAGUGGAUUGUGAGGCUAUAAGGGAGGACAUUUUUAAUCAGGUUGUUCCUCGGUGUCCGCGCUGUUCGGACAUUCCUCUGGCCAUCAUGAAACCGGACAUUGUGUUUUUUGGAGAGAACCUCCCAGAGAUGUUCCACAGAGCUAUGAAGCAGGACAAAGAUGAGGUGGACCUCCUGAUCGUCAUCGGAUCUUCCCUGAAAGUCCGACCCGUGGCCCUCAUCCCAAAUUCCAUUCCUCAUGAAGUGCCUCAGGUUCUGAUCAACCGGGAGCCGCUGCCUCACCUGAACUUCGACGUAGAGUUGCUCGGGGACUGUGACGGCAUCGUCAACGAGCUUUGUCAUCGAUUGGGUGGAGACUUUGAGCCGCUUUGCUUUAACUCUUUAAGACUGGCUGAGAUCACAGAGAAGCCCCCCCGGUUACCCGAAAGGCCUCCAAACGAAACCUCCAGCGAUGCCGAGCCGAACGCCCGUCCUACCGACACCGCAGACCAACCUUCAGAGGAGGCGGAGAGCCCGCAGGACACGGACGCCGCUCAGAGAAACGCCACGCCCCCGGAGCCACGCCCUGAAAAGGAGGCGGCAGAGUCUCCAGAACGACCGGUGGAGGACACGCCCACGGAGGAGGCAGACGCGUUCAAGAGCCAAGUCUCAACGCUGGAAGUACGGAAACGAUGUUGGAUGAGUCGGAUCAACAGAAGUCCGAUCAGCAAACGGCUGGAAGCGGGCCAGUACCUCUUUCAAGCACCGAACCGGUACAUUUUCCACGGAGCCGAGGUCUACUCCGACUCUGACGACGAGACGUCCAGCUCCUGUGGGAGCGACAGCGAGGACUCGGAGGGCAGCGUGGAUGGCGUGGAGGACGACAGCGAUGCAGAGGAGGACGGAGCAGAAGCGGCGGCAGAGGAAGAGGAGUGCCUCAGAGACACAUUACCACACAGUCCAGCCAAUGAGACGGCAGACGUGCAGAUAAACAGAAGCUCUGAACAGACUGAAGGCUUCGCACAGAUUUAGGUGGAAACAGUUCUGGUUUAACAAAGCACUAAUCGUCUUUAUAUGUUUCAUAUAUAGUUAUUUUUCAUAAAUGGAGACGCGGAGCCGUUUUUCCCUCAUGUUUGCAUGGACACAUCCCUUUUUCUCCAUCGGCAUUUCCAUCUGCAGCUCAUCGAUCGGCGGCGCCUUCGCUUUGGGCGGAGCCACCAUCAUGCCUGGUGUAUACGUGGAAGAUCAGGGCCGUCCUGAAAGACGAAGAGACUCCACAGAAAUGCUUCAUUUCAGACCAAAGAGCUUCUGUUUUCCUCAGCUUUACAUGUUUGUUCUGUCGUUUAAGUCUGGGUGAAACCAUGUACAUACUUCUGAGAUGUUGUUUCCUGACAUGUGGCAGCUACUUUUACAGUCAAGCCUCUUAUUUUUAUACUCCAGUGUGAGACGCGCUCCUCAAAGGGUAGAUGAUCAUUUCAAUCUGGGAACUCCAACCAGAGAAUCGUCACUUUGGAGGUGUUCAGUUUGGAUAGAAAUCCUUUUUUUUUAAGUCCCGUUUUCUUGCUCUGUCACUUUUCAUAAAGGACUCGGAUGCCUGUGAA